UUGUCUCAUUUCAAUCUAUCUUGUCUCAUCUCCUUCCAUCUCGUCUCAUCUCCUCUAUCUCGUCUCAUCUCCUUCCAUCUCUUCUAUCUCGUCUCAUCUCCUUCCAUCUCUUCUAUCUCGUCUCAUCUCCUCUAUCUCGUCUCAUCUCCUUCCAUCUCUUCUAUCUCGUCUCAUCUCCUUCCAUCUCUUCUAUCUUGUCUCAUCUCCACCUCACCUCUUCGUAUACUACGUAUCUCCCUGUAUGUGCCCGUCCCAGUGUCAGGUGAGCGCGAGGGCUGCGCUGCGUCCCGUAUGUGGCGCUCGGCCUGCGGAGCCCUUGCGGCGCCCGCGGCUGAGGAGGCCUGGCAGCAGCUGGUGGACGCUUCACCCUCGGACGCUGUGUGGCAUUCACUGAGGAACUGUGUCGCUUAUCAGGCGGGUGUAUGGCAGAACCUCCUUGCCAAGGGUACAAUAGACGUGCAGUACCCGGCCGCCUUCAAGCUAGCGGUCGUGUUGAGACACACGCCGGCCGAGCUCACCGCGAGGCUCCUGGCUGAUCUGUUACAACUACACCCGCAGUCUCACGACCUCACGUCGUAUAUCCUGGCCUUGUUGACUGACGACGAGGCUUGGUGCGGCAGCUGUGGGGACUCGGGUGGACUACCAGAGCCAGUAGGUAAUGGCGCGUCUGUGCGCGACGUCCAGCUGUUCGGUGACUGCGAGCUGGCUGUACUAGCGGCGAGGAGGGAGGAGUAUGAAGCUCACGCUAAACUGGUCCGGGCUGAGUACGCUACACUCACACACAAGAACUAUGUGGAGCUGAGACUCAAGGUAUUGAACCAGCUCUCACAGAUACCGAAGCUGUACCACACCCCUGAGUUUGAAAAUCUUGAGCCGAUAGCUCGAGCGAAUAUAGAGAGGGAGAUUUCAACAUUGAGGGAGCAUCUGUUGACUGGGCAACAUGAGUAG